CACACGACCACCCAUCCUCCUGAAAAAGUGCUCUAGGCUCAAAGACACACACGCCUGGAAGCAGGGCAAAGCAGUGAGCAGAGGCUGCAGGUUGGAUUUUAGGAUGGACACUGUGACAUCGCACCACUCUACACCUGGAAUGGCUACUGAAUGCCCUGACCAAUUUGAGUGCAUCUCCAUCCAGCCGACAACUGGCAGAACGCACCUACUUCAAAGUGCAGAUCAAGUUACUACAGGCCUGUGUGACACUCCAGAAACUCAAAAACAAGCGGACAUCACGAAUGUCAUCACUGAUGUUAUCUCAGAAAAGGAAAACUUGCCAGAAGUUUCUCCCCCUCUUCCAGCGUGCACCAAUGAGAAGCAUCUCUAUUCCAGGAAAAAACACACCACCUUCAAGACAAAUGCUGCCCUUAUUAAUGAGGUGGCAGGAGACGACUGCGGUGCUCACUGCCUACUAGCGUGCCUGUUCUGUGAGUUUCAGUCUAUGUGUUGGGCGGCGGAGAGAUUCGUGACAUGCGGAGGACGCAUAUCCAGUUGUUGCUGGUUCGUGGACACCUGCUGCUGGUUCUGCUGCUGUUGCUGGAACGAGGCAUGCACUGUCUCGCUGGAUUGUGGUGUAUUAGAAGAAUGCUGCAGCUCCGCUGACUGCUUGGAGAUCUGUCUGGAGUGUUGCGCUAUAUGCUUCCCUUCUUAGACAGGUCAAUCAAAGAACUACAAGAUUAUGUCAAUCCAAAUGUACCCUCUUCAUUUCUCAUUAGAAGACAUUAGAUUUUCUAGAAUUUCUUGGACUCCCGUGAGCCUUUAGUACAUUAAUUUGAGAGCACCAAAGUGGAAUGGUGGUUAUAAUGUUAGUUCCUUUGUUGGUGCCGUGUCAACAACUAUGAUGAUUUGUCUAUUGGUUGUCUAUAAAUGCUACUGUACUGUUUUUUCAGACUAUAAUCUGCACCAUCAAUGAAAAAGUAUAUUUUUAUACAUAAGUGCAUCUGAUUGUAAGGCACAUUAAUGCAUCACUGUAAUGCGUGUCAUUUGUAUUUUAUAUUUUAAAAUUCGGAGUAUUUAUUGUUGAAAAAAUGUUCAUUCACUUUAUUCACUCCCACUACAAAUAGAUUUGACUUUUUUAUUAUUGUUUAUAUUGGCAAACUAAUUUGAAUUCAGAGCAGAAGGAUGAAAGGAGAUACAUGUUUGGAUGACUAUCAUGCCAAUGGCAGCUAGUGAGUUAAUUUAUGUAUCAUUUGUUUUAUUUAUGGGUUUGACAAAUAACAAAUGUAUGUUUUGAGCACUUUACUGGAGCAGUAUAAUACACUUACGCUCCAACAAAAUAGGUCUGAGGUCAUUACAUGAUCAUUCUGGUUUAUGCGUAAUGUCAAUUUAUGGAGAAAAAUAAAGGACCUCCCCC